AUGAAGUUCACCGCUGCCUUUGGCGUUGCUGCCCUAUUCAUGGCCCCGUCUGCCGCGGCCUGGAAGCUGCCUCACGCCAACGCCUUGGCUGCUACUCCUACCAGUUCUCCUAGUGGAUUCCCAUCCGGAACUCCUACUGGAACCCCAUCUGGAACUCCCUCUGUCACUCCAUCCGGAACCCCAACUGGAUGGCCCACCGGAUGGCCUACUGGAUGGCCUAUUCCGUGGCCUACUGGAUUCUCCUUUGCCCGCCGAGCACCUGGUCACGGACCUGGUAUCAAGGGACCCGGGCACCCCGGGCACGCAGGACACGUUCAUGAAUUCCCACACGCCGGCUUCACCAGCGCUCCUAGCGGCACUCCUUCCUGCACUCCUACGGGCACUCCUAGCGGCUCGCCUUCUGGGUUCCCUUCGUCUACCGGCGUCCCCUGUGGAUCCCCUUCGUCUACUGGUGUCCCGUCCUCCAGUGGUUCCUUCGCCAUUUUCCCUAUCCCGGCCCCGACUGCUGCUGGUGAGCAGGGAGGCUUCGCUCGUCGUCAUGCUCGUCAGAUGUUGUUUUAG